ACGAGAUUCAAUCUGGGAUAACUUUGAAUACAGUGGAAGGGGACUUGCGAUUUUCCUGUUUUCAGACUCGAAUUCAAUAACUAUAGAGUGUGAAUUUAUUUUUGCCUAUAAAACAUGGAUUUGCUCAGGAAGGACUUGAGUUUGUUAAUUCUAAUUCUGACUUUUUUCGUCGCACAGACUUUUUGCUUGCGAAGAACUACUGCAAGGAAACAAGACAGGCUGAGCCCUCCACUGGACAUACAGCUCGACUCCCUGAACUGCACAGCCUUCAGUGCACGAUGGAGAAUGCCCAGGCGGCAUGUCAGCACCAUCACCGGAUACACGGUAUUUUACACAGAGAUGAAGAACAACAGGCCAGUGGGACCAGCAGUGUUACAUGAUGUUCCUCUCAGUCUGGACAUGCUCAGUACUGGGCAGUUUGGUGGACAAGCGAGCUUUGAGGUUGUCCUUGGUAACUUAAAAGCUGCGACUCAGUACCGUGUCAGUGUGGGAGCAUAUGGUUCGGCAGGAGAAGGAAGGCCAAGCAUGCCCAGAGAUGUAAACACAGAAUCGAACGAGAAAUGCAAGCCGCCUCCACCCCCAACCAAGCCAGAGGUCCUCGCUGUGUCAGAUACAGAGGUGGCGUUGUCAUGGAAACAGGGAGCUAGUCCAGGCAGUGCACCUGUUCAGUACUACUUGGUGGAAUACAUCAGGCCAGAACUGGAAACAGAAUGGACAGCAAUCAAAGAACAGAUCAAGACUGAGUCUAUGGUGAUUAAGGGGCUCAUCCCAGACACACAGUACCAGUUUGCUAUCCAAGCUGUUAACAUGCAUGGAGCCAGCUUGCACAGUGAACUCAACAACCCAGUCAAAACUCUGAGCCCCGAUGAGACAGGCAGUGGAAACAAUGGACAACGAUACACUGCAGACACAAAGAUUGUUGAAGAUGGCUUUGAGACUGAUGAUUCUGACUAUAAUAUUUAUAUAGAAGAGCUAAAACCAUGUCCUGCUAUCAAGGGGGGAAACAAGAAGUUCCAAGUUCAGUCCAAGGUGAUGCCUGUCUCUCAGACAGAAAGGAGGAACUCUGCCAAAACAAUGACCACUCCUGAACCCACCACCAGCACCACCAUCACCAUCACCACCAGCAGCACCACCACCAGCAGCACCAGAAGCACCACCACUCAGAGGAGCGGCACCUCGCCAAAGCUCUACGAGCUCCCCUGCGAUGAGACCGUCUGCCCUGCUGACAGUGUCUGUGUCAACGACUACGCCCGGGGAGGCUCCCGAUGUCACUGCAACCUGGGAAAAGGAGGAGACUCAUGCUCAGAAGAUAUUCCAAUCCAGUAUCCAAACUUUUAUGGCUACUCCCACAUGACUUUUGAACCACUGAAAUACUCCUAUCAGACAUUUCAAAUUACCAUUGAAUUCAAGGCUGAUUCUGAGGCUGGCUUGCUUCUGUAUUGUGGGGAAAAUGAGCAUGGCCACGGGGACUUCAUUUCACUGGCUGUCAUCCGCCGGAGGCUGCAGUUCAGGUUUAACUGUGGAUCUGGCCCAGCUGUCAUUAUAAGUGAAAGCAGAAUCCAGCUGGGCAGCUGGCACAGCGUCACCAUUUAUAGAGACGGACUGAAUGGAUGGCUUCGCUUGGACAACGACACCCCUGUGACCGGAAAGUCUCAGGGCCAGUAUAACAAAAUCACAUUCAGGACUCCGUUCUACGUGGGCGGGGCCCCCGGUGCGUACUGGCUGGCGAAGGCUGCUGGGGUGAACAGUGGAUUCCAGGGCUGUGUGCAGGCGCUGAACAUCAACGGGAAAGCCAUCGACAUGAGGCCAUGGCCCGUUGGAAGAGCGCUGAGCGGAGCUGAUGUUGAUGAGUGCAGUAGUGGCGUGUGUGAUGAAAUCUCCUGCAUUAAUGGCGGGAUGUGCUUUGCAAACCGGGCAGAUUCUUACAUCUGUCUUUGUCCACUCGGAUACAGAGGACGACACUGUGAGGAAAGCUUCUGGGUGGUGCUUCCACGAUUCAAUGAGACUCUGAUGGCUUAUGCCAGCGUGCCUUGGCCCUUGCCACCCCAGCACUACCUUUCCUUCAUGGAGUUUGAGAUCACCUUUCAGCCAGUCACAAAGGACGGGGUUCUCCUGUACAGCUACGACACCACUAGUAAGGACUUCAUAUCCAUAACCAUGGCAGACGGCUUUGUGGAGUUCCGAUUUGACUGCGGCUCUGGGACUGCUGUUAUCAGGAGUGAAGAGCCUGUCAGCCUGAACAGGUGGCACGAACUGCGAGUGUCACGCACAGCCAAGAACGGCAUUCUGCAGGUCGAUAACCACACUCCACAAGAGGGAAUGGCAGAGGGCGCCUUCACUCAGAUCAAGUGUAACAACCAAAUCUACAUUGGUGGCUUUCCAGACUAUGAUAGUGUCAAGAGGAAUUCUGGAGUCCUGAAGCCUUUCAGUGGAAGCAUUCAGAAGGUCAUCCUGAAUGACCGGUCAAUCCACUUAAACCAGGACUUUGCUUCGGGAGUCAAUGUGGAGAAUGCUGCCCAUCCUUGUGUGGAUAACCCUUGUGCCAAUGGAGGCUUCUGCAAACCCAAGAGGGACGGGUAUGAGUGUGACUGCCCUUUGGGCUUCGACGGGGAGCACUGCCAGAAAGUAAUCACUGAAGCCAUUGAAAUCCCCCAGUUCAUCGGCUGUAGUUACCUUACCUAUGAAAGCAUAGACUGUCUGAAAAGGGUGUCAGGCGCUCGGUCAGACCUGUUCAUGAGGUUUAAGACCACUGCGAAGGACGGCCUGUUACUGUGGAGAGGAGACAGCUCCAUGAGACACAACAGUGACUACAUCUCCCUUGGACUCCAGGACGGAGCCCUCGUCUUCAGCUAUAACCUGGGCAGUGGGGUUGCCACCAUCAUGGUGAAUGGGUCCUUCCAUGAUGGUAGAUGGCACCGGGUCAAGGCAGUCCGGGAUGGACAGUCUGGGAAGUUGACUGUGGAUGACUACGGUGCAAAAACGGGGAAGUCGCCAGGGAUGAUGCGGCAGCUUAACAUAAACGGUGACCUCUAUGUUGGAGGAAUGAAGGAGAUCGCUGUACAUACAAACCGACAGUACAUGCGAGGCCUGGUGGGGUGCAUAUCCCACUUCACUUUGUCUACGGAUUACCACAUAUCCCUGGUGGAGGAUGCUGCAGAUGGGAAAAACAUAGUUACUUGUGGGAACAAGUAGCAGCUGUCCCUGGUUGCUUUGGGAUUCUUACUUGUGGGACCAAAAACAUGUGUACCCAAUGCACUGGUCUGCGCUCCAGUACCUGGGUGCUCUGAAACCAGUUUGUGGGUCUCUCUAUAGUUCUCAAGGACGACAUCUAGUGAUAGUUUUGCUUCGUCGCUUUCUUUUUGUAGAUAUUCUGUUAACCAAAGACACCUUAGAAUAUUUCUAAACCUGAGACCGUCUGUGAGUACUUGUUCCGCUCUUCAGAAGAAUUACAUUGCAACAAAAGCCUGUUUGGAAGAACACAGCACCAGCACACUACAAGACUGCAUGCCUCUUAAUUGACCCUGUCUGACACCAAAAAAAGGUUAUUCUGACUUUUUGAAAGUUGCUUGAUACUUCAGAACCCUAUGGAACUACUGUCUCUUGAGCAAAGUAGGACCUGCCAAAUACCAUAGCAGGAAGAGGAAAGGAAACAACUGAGUCAUCAGGUGAACCCUAAGGAUACAUACAGGAUGUCAAAGUGGGUCAUUUUUUUUUAAGUACCUAGUACAGUAAAUAUAUAGAGAGUGUCACCUUUUAAGUGUUUUUCGAACUUUGAAUAUCUAGUUACGAUCGCAGACUUAAUCUUAUCGUAACCCAGGAUGUUUGCAGAUUAUGGAGAAAUUAUAUUCUGGUAUAUAAAAUAAAAAUAUUUUAAACAUUAAAAAAACUAUCAUCAUUGCUUCACGUAUGGAAACAAUAAAUUACCUAGUUCUUUUGAGUUUGUUUUAGGACUUUUGUCUUAAGUGUACUGUAAAUUUGUGAUUUUUUUUUUUUUUUUUUUCCCCCCUGACACACAAUUUUGUAAAUUGUCUAUUCUGGAAUAUGUAAAUUUAUGAUGUCUUUCAGUUUAAAAAAAUAAACAAAUUUAAUACACCCCUUUAUCAUUUGUUUAAACUUCUUAAAACACAAUAUAACAUGCAACUACUCCUACUGCCUUGCUUUUAUGUACUAGCUACAAUCCAUUGAAAAGCUCCAAUGCAUAUUGUUGUGUGUGAAUUGAAUUCCCUUUAAACUAUUUAAGAGAAGUUGAGACAAGUAGAAGUCUGAGUGACAAUACCAAAUUUUGGAGCCAG